AUGGCAAAGGGUUCUAGACGGGUAGCCGUCAUUGGAGCUGGCCCAGCAGGUGCUAUUGCCACUAAUGCGCUUUUGAAAGAGCAGGCUUUUGGCAUCAUCCGAGUUUUUGAACGGCAGAAAAUAGUUGGGGGAACAUGGGUAUUCGAGCCUCAAGCAGAUCACGGCAUACCAUCACUAGAAAGCUUGAUCCAGGGACGUGCUGACCAAACUGUGCCAAUUCCAGCCAACUUUCCAUGCAAAACGCCAGUGACAGAAGAGAUCAAUUCUCAGAAAGAGCGCUUCUCAGCCACAGCUGCUCAUCAGAACUUGCAUAGCAAUUUGCCAACUGAGAUCAUGUGCUUUACCAAGGAGCCGAUUCCCAUUGUUCUUUCAGAACAGACAUUGGCUCAAUAUGGCCCCAGUAGCCCAUUUCGCCAUCGAGAGGUCAUGCGCAAUUGGGUUGAGAGUGUUUUCGGAUGUGCAGAUAAUCGGCGUCUCAUUGAAUUGGAGACGUCCGUGGAGCUGGCAGAGCGUGUGGGCGACGAAUGGGUUCUUACUUUACGCAACCUAAUUCCCAGUGAAAUGAAGAAUUAUUGGUGGCAAGAAAAGUUUGAUGCUUUGGUUGUUGCUAGUGGUCACUACUAUCUCCCUUAUAUACCCGACAUUCCCGGUCUUGUGGAAUAUGACCGAAAUUUUCCUGGACGAAUUCGACACAGCAAACAUUAUCCAAGCGCCGAUGAUGUCAAAAACAAGAAAGUAAUUGUUGUCGGUGGCUCAGUAUCUGCAUUUGACGCGUUGCAUGAUAUUCGGCAAGUUGCGAAGGGCCCUGUGAUUUCCUCGCUGCGUCGACCAUCGACUGCUUUUGGCUUUGCGCCAUUUAGUCAUCCCGAAAUUGAUAACCGGGCUCAAAUUUCUUCAAUCAAUGCCGAGACUGGUGUGAUCAACUUUGCAGAUGGAUCGGUGCUUAAAAGUGCGGAUAUGAUCUUAUUCGCCACUGGCUACGAUUUCAGCUUUCCUUUUCUCCCCAGUUUGAAGUCGGUGCAUAAGAGAAUUCCUGGAAUAUUUGGACAUGUAUUCAAAAUAGAUGAUCCAAGCUUGGCAUUCAUUGGAAUGGUUACGGGUGGAUUUGGCAUUCGUAUUUUUGAGUGGCAAGCUGUUGCAGCAGCUCGAGUUCUUGCUGGUCAUGCCAAGCUACCUAGCCGACAGGAGAUGGAAACGUGGGAGAGUGACCGACUAGAGGAACGUGAAGGAUCUCCAUUUUGGACGCUGAUGCCUGAAUUUGAAAGAUAUUUCGAAGAGUUGCGCUCCAUAGCAGGAGAGCCUGCUUUAGGCACAACAGGCAGAGUGCUCCCUCAGUAUGAGCCGGAGUGGGAAGAAUCAUUUCAGUCAUUUGUCCAGCAUCGCAUUGAGCGCUGGCAGUGUGAAGCCACCAAAGCAGAAGCAGAAAAGGCUCAAUUAUAA